CUCACAUUCUGUUAAUUAAAAAAAAGUGAAACCAGAUUUGAGACUCUCAUCUUCAGUUUUGUUUAUACACGAAGUGAGUCAAGAGUUGUCAUAAUGUGUUAGAUGAAAAUAAGAGAAAAAGCUUGAAUUAUUGCAAAAUUAACAAAAAUAAAACAUGGAGGUCCUAAAUGUCGCAGAAAAUAAUGAUGAUGCUGCUCAAAACAAUACGGUUCAGAAGCAAACACUCGGAGGGAGCAUCAAUAAGUUGUUUCAAAAUAUUACGGUGGAACCUUUAAUAAUUUGUUGGCUUCUUCCAUUUUUGAUAACGUAUGCUGCAAUUGAAAAUAUGAAUUUGGAAAAGGGAUGUCGUGAGCUUGUGGUUCCUGAAACUGGUUUCAAUAAAGACAUUUGCAAAAUAUUUGUCAGAAAGGAUGAAUUUGGCAUUAAUUGUCUCGUGACAGAAGACAAUGCGACACAAUUCGAAAAUGUAAAAAGCGACGAAAUAAAGAAGAAAUAUGAAGUCUUAUACGCAUCGAUUGAAGAUAAGCUACCUCAAGUUUACCAAUUUUUGUGUGAUUCUGAAGAAAAGGUUCAAGAAAAGCUGUCAUUCAUAAAUUCAAUCCGCAAUCCAAUUGCAUCAAUUGGACCCCUUAUUAUAAUUUUGUUUGCUGGUCCUUGGUCCGAUAAGAAGAAACUAAGAGUUCCUUGUAUGUUGGUUCCUUAUAUUGGAGAAGCACUUGGCUAUAUUUCACUUUUUAUUUCUGCAAUAUUCAUCAAUGGACCAGUUGAAUUCCCAGCCUAUGCAUACCGGUUAAUACCAAGUUUGACUGGAGCAGAGAAUCUUAUGAUUAUGGGGAUCUUUAGCUAUCUGACAGCAGUUUCUAAUGAAGAAAACAGAACAUUUCGAUUUGGAGUUUUCCAAAUUUUAAUGACCGUUAUACCAAUCGUGGCUCAAAGCAUCAGUCCAACUUUAGUCUCGAGAUAUGACUACGCAGAACUUUUUGGCGCUAUGAUUCCUGUUCAUAUUAUUGGAUUUAUGUACGCUGUCUAUUACUUAAAGGAACCAAAAAAUAAUGAUCCUAAAGAAGAUUACACGUAUGAUAAUCAAGCAUUAGAAGCAAGAAGCAUUAAUGGAACAAAUAAUAAUACAAGCAUUACUAAUGAAGAACCCGUGAGUUCCGAAAUGCUCCGUAAAAAUGCAUGCCUCGAAUUUUUCGAUCCUCAGCAUGCCAUUUACUGCAUCAGAUCAUUCUUUAAGAAGCGUGAAUUUGGACUUCGACAAAUCAUUAUUCUUUUCAUGCUUAUGCAUUUCUUAAUGCAUGGAAUUACACAAGGAGAAUCUCAAAACUUGUUUCUUUAUGGUCGUGUCAAACUUAACUGGGAUGUCAGCUAUUAUGUUUACCAUAAUGUCUUCACAAUUUCAAUGGGAUUAAUAGGAACAAGUUUGGCAAUUGGUGUGCUUAGUAAAAUGUUGCAAUUAGCAGAUAUCAUUUUAAUAAUAUUUUCAACAAUAUUGUCGAUAUUUAGUCGUGGUGUUUACAUGAUUGCAAAAAGCAUUGAAGUAUUUUUCAUUGGAACUGGAAUUGAUUUUAUGUAUUCAGUCAAGUUUUUAGGCGCAAGAAGUGUAAUUUCGAAAAUUGUUCCGGCAGAAGAUCUAAGCACAAUGUUUGCAAUCAUGGGUCUUUUUGAGGCUCUUGCAGGAUUUGUUUUUCCAUACGUAUACCCGACGUUCUAUCAAUUUCUUCUUAAAAGUCCAGAACAUGAUAUCUCUGAGAUGUUUGCUCUUAGUGGUAUUAUUUUUAUUUUUGCUCUCAUCAUUUACUUGUUUUUAUGGAAACUGUUAAAGCGAAAGGAAACGUUCGAAACAACACAAAAAGCAUCCGAAGAUACAAAAUUAUAAUCUCGUAUUAAGUUUUAAAAAUCUGUACCUAAUAUUUAUCCGACAUUUGUUUAAUCAUUACAAUAUAUGUCCUAUUAUUGAGCCACGUUUUUCUGUGAUUUUAAAUAUCUGAUUUAUUUACCACAGCAUUUUGUGAUUUUCUAAGUUAUACAAUUAUUAACAUUGAAUCUACGCAGAUUUUUUUGGAUCCCAAGCAUCCACUUUUGGUUUUGUAGUUGAAUAUGGGAAGUAUUGAUCUGUUAAAAGGAUAUUAUAUUAGAUCAAAUUGACAGUUUUCAAGAUAAAUGUGUCACCUGUAGUUCCUGACAAAUUUUCUGAGUGAUCAGCCAUCCAUUUAUAUUGUUUGCGAUUUCCAUCACGAUUUGGUGGUAAAUCCGUCUA